CAGCUCCUGUUGCCACGUGGCAGGCGAUAACAGGACGGAAAGCAAGCGAUAGCAUGUCGCGGUCGCAGGCUACUAUUUCUCUCCAAUACGUAUCGGAGUCACAGAGUUUCGACUUUGGAGUCUUGAAUGGGUGUUAGCUAAGCUAAUCAAUCACUGAUCGGUCGAAACAUAGCGGAGGACGAAAACGCAGAAAACAACGCAAAAAGAGAGAACCUUUCCAUCGAGAGAGAGGAGUCCUUAUGGAGGAGUACAAGGAUGUGUUGUUGAAGUCGCUCCAGAACGCCGGCGUUUCAAUCCCAAGCAACGUUGCAUCGGUCCAAGACUUGACGCCGGCAACUUUGGUCUCGAUCUGUGCUCAGUCUCUUAACCUCCUCGAUGAAACGGCGUCGUUGCCUUCAUCUUUCCCCGACUCCAUGGUCGAUAAAUUCAAGAUCUGUACGGAUAUGGCUUUAGCUAUUAAGAGACUCGGUUACCUUGGAGACAUGACCUAUUAUAAGUUCCUGUAUCCAUCAGAAGAGGACUUGUUUAAGUUGGUGAGAUUCUUAGUGGAAAGGCUUUCUGAGUCAUCUGUUGAUGUUAAAUUCCCUGAUCUGAAGGAUGCAAAUAGCAGAAGGAAAAUAAAAGAGGAGGGCUCUACUGAUAAUUUGGAGGACUGGAUGGAGAAAGCUGAUGACAGAGGGUUAGAUCUUAACCAUAACCAGGAAAAAUUCAAGGAUCUUAGUCUUCAUAAUGUAGAAUCAGAGUUGUCUGAUUCCAAGGUUGAAGACACGUCCUUCAGUGGGUUAAGGACAACAAAUUUUGGCAAGGACAAAUUGGCUUUUGUUGGAAUUGGAAACCUUUUGGCUGCAGAAGGGAACUCAGGAAGAGAUGCAUUUCAGAAAGCGAAUCCUGCUAGGGACCAGUCAUCCAAGAUGAGACGUGAGAGUGAAAUAUUACAAGAUGAAGAAAAAGUUCUCAUGAAGGAGGUGGCUGCAAGGAAUUCAGAAUUACAGAAACUUGAACAAGAGUUGGAGUUGUUAAAGGACGCAGCAGAAAUGGCAUUUGAUGAUCACCACCCUAUUGAAUUUUAUCUUGAGCUGCUUAACAAGCAAGUAGAUUCCAAAAAGUUUAAUAUUGUGGAAUUGGAGUCAAAGUGGGAUGCUUUCAAAAAGCCUCUGGAGGAGAAAAAGAGAACCCUAGAGGAGUCUCUUUAUGCAAACAUACCAGAGGCUCAAGAGAAGCUACAAAAGUUGAGGGAAGUUGAGCCGGAAAAGCAGUCCAUCUUGUCUGAACUUAGGAGGCGGGAGGAGGAACAUUCGAAACUUUGUGUGGAUCUUGGGAAGCUGCCUAAACUGCCAACUAGAACAUCCUAUAUAGAGCGGAUAAAGGAGAUCACGAAAAACAGUCGAAAACAGGAUGCUGACAUAGAGCGGAUUUUAAAAGAAACCAGAGAGAUUCAGUUAGAAAGCAACUCUAUACGAGAAUGCCUCGAUAGAACCUAUGCUGUUCUGGAUGAAAUGAUAUUCAGGGAAGCAAAGAAAGACCCAGUAGGACGCCAAGCUUAUAGGCUUCUCACUAGCAUACAUGAGUGCUUUGAACAAAUUUCUGAGAAAAUCCUCAUGAGUGACAGAAUACAAAGAGAAGUGGCUGAAUAUGAAAAGAAACUAACAGCCAUGGCCUUCCGGAGCUUAAAUGUAGAUAAACUGCAAGCUGAUCUCGACGCCAUCAAAAAAGAAAACGAGCACCUUGAGCAACAACUUGAAGAUAAUUGAUGCCACAACUCAUUCCUGUGGCUAUAAUAUGCUAAUUCAAUUGUUGUUCCAUACCAUAACUUGAUUUGGUUUCUGGGGAAUUUUUAUUUACACGCGAUAAAAUAUUAUAUUCACUUUAUCAAAAUGAGAGCAAUGGUUUGAGAUUAA